AUGACUGACGCCAAAUCCGAAGCUGCACGAACUGCUACCAACGGCGGCGCCCCCGCCCGCCCCGACGCCGCACAGGAGCAACAGCGGCAAUCGCCUGCUCAAGAUGCCGACCGCGAUAAUAAAGACUCCAAUGCGGCCGGCAUUUCAACGCCCGCUGUGCGAUUCUCGUCCGCCGUCCAGGAAUUUUCUCCGGUCCUAGACGACGCCCCAGCUGCUUCUCCCGACGCCCCCGCCGAGUCGCCAGAGGUCACCCCGGACCAACUCAGGGCCUUCACCAAGUCGCUUCAUGGGCCGCUGUUGCAGGAGCGUCGCCUGAAUACAUAUCAAUUCGAAGCAUUUUCCCUCCCGCCGUCUCGGGUUCCCUCUCGCGAUGAAGACUCCCCCGACUCAACGCGCCUUCAUACCCCCGUGUCCUCCAGCUACCAGUCGCCUCAUGGCAGCCCUCGUAUCUCAGCACUGGCCUCACCGCCUCUCACGCCCGCGGGCUCGGCUGGUGAACGACGAGCCAGAGACAAGCGCCCCGUCGGCGCAACCGGCAGCGACUCGCACAUGAUUACUCCGCUACCAUCCUCAUCCCAGGAAGCUAUCCCACAGGAGCGAGGCCCAUUGGUUCACCGACCAGUCUCCGACCAUGCUGGUCUGCGUCGCUCUUCGUCCGUCGAGGAGCGGCUCGGCGACCCCCGCAGCCACCGCAAGGGCAUGUUCAGCGUUGGCGGCGGUUCUGUCCCCGUCUCCCGCGAGUCCAGUCCUUCUCGCAGCGCUGCCUCCAACUUUUACUCCAAGCCUGCCACCCCAAUCGGUGACCUCAACGACCCAUACGCAAAGAACCGACGCCCACCGCUCCAAUCCCACCCCAGUCGUGCCUCCAUCGACCCGCGCUUUGUUUUUUCAAAGAAGAAGAAGCACGGCUCUCCUGGUGGCUCCCGCUCCAGCUUGGCCGGCUCUGGAGCCUUUAGCAGCACCAAAGACGAUUCCAGCGAUGGAGGCUCAGGCCAUGGACAUGGCCACGGCCACCACCAUGGUCACGGCUCCAUGGCCGACUUGAAGCGCUUCUUCCGAAAAUCGGGAAGCCACAAGAAGCGUGAAUCCUCGCCCGCCCCGGCCAAGCCCAAGGCCCACACGCCACCGAGCAGUUCGCGUAGUUCUCAGCUGGUACCUUUUGCUGAUGAUCACGGACUCUCCUCAAAAUACGGCAAGCUGGGCAAGGUGCUUGGAGCUGGCGCUGGUGGCUCCGUCCGUCUCAUGCGCCGCAAAGAGGAUGGCACUGUAUUUGCCGUCAAGGAGUUUCGGGCUCGCCACACCUACGAGUCUGAAAAGGAGUAUGCCAAAAAGGUGACGGCCGAAUUUUGCGUCGGUUCCACCCUCCACCACGGCAACAUUAUCGAGACACUCGAUAUUCUUCAAGAAAAGGGUCGCUGGUUCGAAGUAAUGGAGUACGGGCCCUACGAUCUAUUCGCCAUCGUCAUGACCGGCAGAAUGACGCGCGAGGAAGUCAGCUGCUGCUUCCUGCAGAUCCUCAACGGUGUGACGUAUCUACACAGUUUGGGUCUGGCCCACCGCGAUCUCAAACUCGACAACGUCGUGGUUAGCGAAAAAGGCAUCAUGAAAAUUAUCGACUUUGGCAGCGCUCAUGUGUUCAAGUAUCCAUUUGAGACGGAAAUCGUUCGAGCUAAAGGCAUUGUUGGAUCUGACCCAUAUCUCGCCCCCGAAGUAUACGACCAGAAGGAGUAUGACGCGGCUGCGGUUGAUAUUUGGUCGCUGGCGAUCAUUUACUGUUGCAUGAGCUUGCGUCGGUUCCCCUGGAAGCUACCGCGCCUGACGGACAACUCUUUCAAGCUGUUCGCCUCGGAGCCGACGCCUGGUCAUGAUCCCAAGAAGCUGAUUGUGGCCGCACCGUCGACAACUACCUCGUCUGCCAACCUCUCUGCUCUAUCUACUCGCGAAGCCGAGCAGCGCUCUAAGAGCCAGACUGAGACAAGGGAAAGUGGCACAACCAACUCGAGCGACUCGAAACCGGUCGAACUCAAGCACGAGCCCAAGCACAACGAGCAACCAGAGCACCAAGAGCACCAAGAGAAGCACGAGAAGCACGAGAAGCACGAGGAGAAGCACGAGGAGAAGCACGAGACAAAACCAGAGGCCAAGCCCCAGGAAGGCGAGAAGAAGGAGAUUAUCAGAGGUCCUUGGCGCAUCCUGCGACUUCUGCCUCGAUACAGCCGUCACGUCAUCCACCGCAUGCUGGAGCUUGACCCCAAGAAGCGUGCCAAGAUGGAAGAGAUCUUGGAGGACCCCUGGGUGGCUGACACCGUCAUAUGCCAGCAGCUGGAGAAUGGUGAAGUGCUUGCGGCUGAGGAUCAUGUGCACGUACUUGAGCCGCCCAACAACCCGAGCUCCUAG